CCUUCUUGUCUUGAUGCCCUUCUUUUCUGCAUCACCUUCAUUCCAACCGCCCGCCUUCUCCCCUCGUUCCUUUCCCUCCCCUCCUUUCGUCACCUACGACGGGGUCUUUUGACUGUCACUCUCUCUAUCAAAUUCUGUGUUCACCACGCUCACUCUCUCGUAGCCUCGCCCUUUUCCAGGUCGUCGGCACUCAGCCAUUCCUUUUUUCUGCUACUACAACAACAACCUCGACACAGGAAUUCCAAACUUGCGCAUCCCGCUCCUUUCUUGGCUUCUAGUUCCUCGCAAGACAUACACAUUCAUUUUCUCUUGGACUCCCCCCCGUCUCUCUGUGUGUUGAUCGCAUACGUUUCUCGACUCGACGUUUUUUUUCUUCCUUUUUGAUAAAGACUCGACCGUUGGACGAUCGAAAUAUCGCACAGAUUUGACGCUGCCUUUUUUCGAGGGUGUGUGUCAUUCUAUCGCUUUUCCCGUCCACCCGUUCCCGCUCCCGCCGCCGCCCAUCGUCUUACACCGGCCACGACCUCAUCGCAUCGCGGCGCAAAACAGCCCGUCACGUCUCAAUCUCAUCGUCGACCCGCGUCAAAUAACCGACUCGUUCUACCCGAUAACCGUAAACGAAGACCCUUGUGCGUUUCCGCGAAUUCACUCAUUCGGACUCUCGGCUAGUCAUCGACGACGCAACCCAGGCUCUAUCAAUCUGUCUUAGCGACAGCAAGCGCCUGCCCUCGUCGCAGCCCCAAUUGAACUUUGCGGUGGUGCUGGGCAUCGACGUUGAAAUCUACAGGGUUCUUGUGUUACUGCGAAACCAAACGUCGUAUUGAACAGGAACCGAAUCGAAAAUUCGGCAGUGGGAAUUUUCGACUUCUAACAUCGAAUCCAUCGCCAACCUCUGAGUCAGCCUCUCAACCACACACCACUUGUUGGAAAUCCGACACAAGUGAAGGAACUUCCUACCACCAGAAACCCAAGAGGAAAAAAAGGAGACACUCAUCUAGAAACAAUCAACCUUUGAAAGCAACAUUUCUAUUCGGCUCAGGAAUUACUCUCAAUCACCAACUCCGUUGUCGAAAUCUGCCAAGAGAGAAGGUCCGUUCUUCAAUCUUUGGUUCAAAGUUCCCACUAGAUUUAGGACUUUCUCUAGGACCCCCGGGCCCAUUUUGAAACUCCAAACGAUCUCCUGGUCUCAUUCACUUACAGACCUUGACAGCCUCGUCUUUGAGUCACUCAUACCUGAUACCCAGUCUUUGUAUCAGCCCUCACAUCUCAUACCCAUCAACUUCAUCAACCACCAAGAUGAAAUACUCUACCUCGACCCUCUUGGCCACAGUCGGCUUCUUUGCCGCUGGAGCUGAUGCGUUCUGGCGCAUGGAGUGCCCGGGCCGUGUCGGCUUGGCCAGAGUCGACCCCCUCAUGUCCUUUGGAGGAGCUGCACCCCAUGCCCAUGCCAUUCAUGGCUCAAGCGCCAUCUCUCCCGUCUCGACAUUUGGCGACCUUGUUGCUGGUGACUGCACCUCUUGCCGUGUCAAGCAGGACAAGUCGGCCUACUGGCACCCGGCCCUGUACUUCCAGGACUCGGCCACUGGUCAGUUCGAGCUUGUUGACCAAGUCGGCGGACUGCUAGCGUACUACCUUCUUAAUGGAAAGGAUAUCAAGGCAUUCCCCCCCGGGUUCCGCAUGAUUGCUGGGGAUACCAACCGCCGCAAUUACACUGCAGGCGACCCGUCUAAGCCUGAUCCCCAGAAGUCUUCGUGGUCGCUUCUCGGUCAAACCAAGCAGUCCAUCCUCGAGCAGCGCGCCAUCGGCUUCAACUGUCUCAACUACGGUCGUGACCCCGAGGGCACUCUGUACCGCCACUUCCUUCCUGACAAGGCCUUCCUCGAUGCCAACUGCGCCAACGGUGUUCGCUUCGAGAUGAUGUUCCCGUCUUGCUGGAACGGCAAGGACGUUGACACGGACGACCACAAGUCCCACAUGGCUUACCCCGACCUGGUCAUCGACGGAACCUGCCCCGAAGGCUUCGAGACGUCUGUUCCUAAUCUCCUGUACGAGGUCAUUUGGAACACCAACGCCUUCAAGAACCGCAACGGUCGCUUCGUAAUCGCCAACGGUGAUACCCAGGGCUACGGAUACCAUGCCGACUUCAUUUCGGGCUGGGACGAGGACUUCCUCCAGUCGGCCGUCAACACGUGCACCAACCUGUCUGGCCGAAUUGAGGACUGCCCCAUCUUCGACCUCCAGGACGAAGCCGCCACCAAGCAAUGUGAGAUGAAGAUCCCCGCCCUCAUCGAGGAUGACAACAUCACUGGUCCGGCUGCGAUCCUCCCCGGCAACGCCCGCAUCACCUUUGGCGACGGCUCUUCUGAGGGUGAUGAUGCGCCCGUCAGCUCGUCUACCAUUGCGGCUCCAACCGUCCCGACGCUCACCUAUAAGCCCGGCAAGACGGCCACGGCCAACCCUCUCCCCGGCGAAGUUUUCCGCGAGACGGGCAAGGUCCCCUAUGGCUCAGUUUCCGCUGAGGCGGUCUCCGCCCCAGUCCCCGAGCCUGAGCCCGCUGCGGAACCUACCCCGACGCCGAUCAUCACGCCGAUCAUCACGUCUGCUCCUGUCAGCUCCUCUCAGCAGAGCCAGUCGUGCGUUUCCACCGAUGUUAUCACGAACAAGAACACGGUUUCCGUCAUCUGCUGGGUGGAGGAGAUUGUGUACGUGACCGAGUACGAGGACAUGACUACGACCAUGUCAGUCACGCCGACUGAGACGCCCCUGCUGCGCGCCAAGCGCCAUCUUCACCAGCACCGUAACAAUCACUUUUAGAUGAGGCGUGCCUUUUCGAUUUCUCGGAGUUGAUCACGCUCCAUCUUUUUCAUCUGCGUUGCGAUCAUGGGGGUUGUGAACGUUUGUAAAGGACGUCGCAUCGGGAUGUGGCGUCCUCUUUCUUUAACCCAAUGGGAUCCUAACACAGGAGACGAUUUGGCUUCUCAUUGGUUCUCUCGCAUCUUGCUCAAGGACACUACUGAUGUUGUCUGGACAUUCUGAGAGCAGACACGCUUUUUUUUUCUGGAGGUAGCUAGCAAGGUCCGGGCAAGUUAUGGCCCGUUUCAUGAGUUUAUGGUGACCAUUGGCGGCAAAAUCAUCGAGUUGAGUUGGCUCUUCUUUCUCUGUUUUUCAUGGUGGUUGUCGAGUGAGGCGUAGUCGGGAUGGAACUGCAUUUGCUUCGCAUUGAAUGCGUCGACAUGUCUUUGGCGUUGUAGGUCUGAGUUUGAGAUACCUUUUGUCGCAACGAGGUUAUUAUCGCCGGU